AUGUCAAGUUCGUGGGCUCCUAACGAGACGGACUACGAGAUCUACCUCGAAAAGAUAUGGCUACAGUCAAACGUCCUGGAGAACAUACCUUACGGUGUCGAACUCACGCUCUUCGCGACAUGUUUCCUCGCGCUCCUCCAGAACAUGGACCGGUCUAACCUCAAACGGCAUGUAUGCCUUCUAAUAUUCAUUACGAUCAUCUUCGGACUCGGCACGAUCUUCAUGAUCACGAAUUCUCUCAUCACCCAGCAAGCCUUUAUCGAGUACCGAAACUACCCGGGGGGACCGGGAGCGUACCUCAAUGCAAUGUUCUCUGACACGGUUGGAUUGACGAACAGUGUUUCGUGGGUAGUGAGCAAUUGGCUUCUUGACGCUUUCCUGGUCUGGCGAUUCAUCGUCAUCUUCAGCGACGUCAGCAGGCCGUGGUUCCAGGCGAUGCUCGUUCUCCCUUGCCUCAUGCUUCUUGCGUCCAUCAUCCUCGGUAGCGUCGUGCUACAUGAUUUGGCCGAGAUAGCGGACACACCCAACUCCACGCCCUUCGCAGUGGCAGACCUCACGCUCGCGUACUACACCAUCUCGCUCGCGCUCAACAUCCUCCUCACGCUCGCGAUCGCGGCGCGUCUGCUCGCAUUCCGGCACCGCAUAUCGAGGCUGCUCGGCGCGCACCAUGCGACGCCGUAUUCCAACAUCGCAGCAAUCAUAAUAGAGUCUGCCGUGCUCUACGCCGCCUUCGCCCUGACGUUCCUCGUGUCGUUCGGCGUUGACAGCCCCGUGUCCAACGUCUUCCUCAACCUCGUCAACUCGGUGCAGGCCGUUUCUGCGUUCCUCAUCAUCUCGCGGCUGACCACCGGGAAGGCAUGGUCGGAGGACACCAGAGCGCGUGUCAUCCAUAGUACGGAGAAUAUUCUGCUAGGGACCAAUCCCGGGAGAAGCACACAGUACGCUCAGGAUCGGACCUCUAUCGCUAAGGACCCGUCUGCGGUCUCGGACGGGAAUGUAGGCGACCUGGUCUCCGGUCCGAGUCGAACGGAUAGUAAUGUCUAG